UAAUCAAUGUAUAUCUCUGUAUUUCUCCAGUUCUCUGUUCUGUUUUAUACUUUCUUCUGAUUGGAUUAAAAUUCUGCAAUUCUGUGACGUCAACACGCAUUGUUGUGUUUCUGUGCCCACACGUGGCCACGCGAGUGGACCCGGGAUCAACAGGAAGAAGCAGAGCCAGAUUUUUUUCCUAAAUUUAAUCACACAAAUAAUUCUUCCUUAACAGUAUUCUACAUUCGAUUUCCCCUUUUCCUUCCUGUGAUUGUGUCAAUGACUGCGAUUUUCCUGUAUGUGCACAAUUACACUAAAAGUGAGCACACAAACAAACUUGCGUUUCCCUGAACUAAAGUGAUGCAGACUGAACGUUUCUGCUCCUCUCCAAUCAGGAACUCGCCUGCGUUUUCACAGCGGCUCAUGUAUGGACUGGCAGGAUGUUGAGGACAUGGGGUCUGGUGAAGAAGACCGUGCCGAUGAGGAGCGCUCAAGAUUCCUGAAGAGUUAUGGCUCCGAGGGCCUGCAGCUGGUUGAGCACGAAGAAACUGUGUCCUGUGGUCAGGCCGUCUUGCAGCUAAUCUUUGACCCCGGCGUAUUCGGACAUACACCAAUCACGGCCCGGUGCCAACUGGAUCACCCUUUCUACGUCAAAAACAAAGGAUGGUCCUCGUUUUACCCAAGCUUGACUGUGGUGCAUUAUGGGAUACCGUGCUAUGAAAUGGAAGUGGGCGAUAUGUGCCUGCCUCCUGGACACCGGGAUGCUAAGCAUACGGAUGACUCGGUCGUGUUUGACACAUUUAGAAGUUAUGACUUCACUCCUCUGGACUCCUCCGCUGUUUACCUGCUGAGCAGCAUGGCCAGACGCCGACAUGCCUCACAGUCCAGCGGGGGCGCCGUUUCUCCCGACAGAGACACAAUGCGAGAUAGCCACAGUCCCAGCCAUUCCGUCUCCAAACAUCCAAAGCCAGCUAAAGCUAAAGCGCAAGCUAGCAGCAGUGCCAUGCCCAAUAAGUGCAAGCGGCCAAUGAAUGCCUUCAUGCUGUUCGCCAAGAAGUUCAGAGUGGAGUACACGCAGAUGUAUCCCGGCAAGGAUAAUAGAGCGAUCAGCGUCCUCCUGGGCGAGCAGUGGAAGAAAAUGCGGAGUGAGGAACGCCGCAUGUUCACCCAGCAGGCCAAGGCGCUCGCCGACGAGCAGAAGAGGCUCAACCCCGAUUGCUGGAAGCGCAAAAGAACCAACUCUGGCUGCCAAGGAAAUCAAAGCUGAACUCACAAAGCAUGUAGGAGUACACAGAGUCGGAGAAAAAAGGAUUCAGCACCACAUCCUGUGUCGAGCUUAUGUGUUUAUGGGAUUUUCACCGAUCUCAGGACAAAGUAAACACUCACAGCUGCUCUCACCUCGAAGCAUGUUUAAAAAAAAAAAGAAAAAAAAAAGUUAUCGUUCCUACAGAUGGGUGUGGUGUCUCCAAGAACCGCAGGUUUUAACUCUGAGUGGCGUUCAUCAAUUCACAAAAAUUGUGAUCUUAUGAAAACAGAGAGACUGUGGGGAUUCUCAGCGUCUCUCUUUAUGCUUGAACCAGGUGGAGGUUGUGGUGCUGUAACGUUUUAGCCAAAGCAGUGUAGUAGCCAAUUUCUCUUAAAAUCUACGCCAUAAAAUAGGAUAUAUGCAAUUUAUUUUCUUGCCUGUACUAUUUGUAUUUAAACUAUGUUUUAUUGCACACAAUUAUAUGACAUGUAUUUAGUGUUAGCUUAUUUUAGCUUUAUUUUAGCUUUAAUGCAGCUUUAGUGCAUAAUGGUCAUCUACUAAACAAAUUUACACCAAAUGUAGCAUUAAUUCAUUAAUACUUAAAGGGAUAGCUCGGGAUUUUUAGUCCAAGGUCCUGCUGGAGAGUUGGAAGCAGUUAAUAUCUAACCUACAACACAUAACACACUUCAUUUGGUGUGAGACACUAGCUGAGCUCAGAGGCUAAUGCUAAUGUCUAGUCUAAGAGGGGCCAAAACGAAGGCCUAGAACAACUCCAAUUUCAAAAAGGCCUUGAACAUGUAGUCUAUCUUUCCACUGAUUGGCUGUUUAAAGAACCUGGUUAUUAUUUACACUGAUAAUUGGUCUUUGAUGCGGUGCGCCACCUAUUAUCGUCCUGUAUGAAACACAGCAUUUCAGCUGACAGUAAACAUGUGAUAUAAAAGUAAAACAGAAUAAACAACUAUAAAAUAUGAUAGUUUUUUUAAUGGAAAGUUAUUGUAUUGUAGUGUUAAUUUUUGAAAGUACAUUUUAAAUUAGCUUUAGCCAUAGCAUUUUGACUAAAAGGUGAUGAAUUUUAGUCAUAUUCAGGUCAUUUUAGUUUGGCUGUAGCAUUACUCAACUAAAUCUCACCAUAAAUAUCAUGAACUACAAGAUGAAGAGGCAAGAGAUUAACCGCUCAUAACGCUUCAACAACCCUGAGCUGUCUCCUUAAGGUUUUCGUAUAAAAGGCAACGUGUGUAGUUUUUAAAUUUUUUUUUAUGUAAAUGAGCAACAGUUCUGUUUGAACUCAUCAAACAUUACGAAGCACGUCUUUGAGAACACAUAGAGUGCAUUUCUCUUUUCGUCAAGCCAGACUUUAAAGCCACACUUCAAACAUAAGAGCGCCGGCGCAGAAAAUGAGCAAAACUGCCACCAAAUCCUACAGGGGACCUUCAAAAGAAAUGCUUUACUUCUCUCUGGCUUUUAUUUUGAUAGAGGGAACAGAAGGUUGAAUUUCCUAAAGGAAGUGAAACCAAAAAUUAAUUUGACUCGAUCGCCUCAGUGGUUAACUGAAUAUGGUCACAAAAUGUGCCUUUUGUUUUAAUCCACAUGAUUACAGCUCAUGUGUUUAGCUGUAAUCAAAGCUCAUUUGUGUAAAACAGAAGGCAGAUCAUCUUAAGCAGCUCUUCAUUAGGAUUUGUGUCACUCCGCUCUGUUUGGGGGCAUUUUAAACCUCCACAAAUAACCUUUUGUCUUUUAUUUUUAAAUGUUCCAACCAAAAUCACAGCAACACCACCCAUUUACAUCAAGUCCAUCUUCACCUUUUGGUUCUAUUCUGUUUGAAUUCCUGUGAGUGAUUUUUUGUAUUUUGUAUAUUUCUAGUCACUGCCAGGAAAUUCCAGUGAGCUCUUUGUAUGAGGCAUAAAAAACGGCUGGAUUUACAUUCACCCCUUAAAGAACUGGUUUUUUUUGUCUUUUACAGAAAUGUGUUGUUCCAGUGAAACCAGACAAUUCUUAUUUACAUUAGCUUUGCCUGAAUUUGCAAUUUAAAAAAUGUAUUAGUCCAGAAUAAGUCAUCUAAAUAAAUGAAUAAAAAUAAAAGCUACUAAAAUAUUCACCCAUUGGCCCAGUUGGGUUUAACUCAUGAUAGAAUAUAUGUUUUAAAUCUUACGGAAUUUGAUCUAAUUUGAAAAAAAACAACAUUUAUUUGUUUAUCUUUUUAUAGAUUGAAAACCUAGUUAUGCAAUGGUUGAUUAGAGAAGUAAAAAGCUAGCUUUAGCUUUCUACUCUAUUCACGUGUCCACAGUACAAACCUAGGAGUAUAUUUUAAUUGAAACAGACUUAUUGUUUAAAACAAUUUUUUUUUCCCAUCAUCUUUUAGAAGACAUUUUAAAGUUGGGUUCUGUUAACUUCAGCAACAUUUGUAAUUUCAAAUAAGCUUAGUUUUUUUUGGAAGCUAACAGCUAAUCAGAUUGGGCCAAGAUGGAAGCAGAUUUGUACUCUUAAGUCAAAUAGCGCUUCGUCCACAGAAUCUUACAAAUCUUUAAGCUGACAUUUUUAUAUAAGCAUACUAAACAAAUGCCGUCUUACUUUUUUAUUUGUAGCCGAGCCAAAACUAAUUCUAAUUGAUUGGUUUUAGCGUCACUCUCUCUUGCUUUCAGCUGUAAACUGGUUGGGCUGCGUUUGUGUUGCCUCCAUCUUCUCCAUCUCUCCGUCACUCAAUGGCUUUUUUCACUAAUUUCCCAUUUUAGUCAUUUCCUCAGUAGCUACCUCUGUCUAGGAAGCCAUUCUGUUUCUAUAUAUAUAUUUUUUAAAAAGUAUAUAUGUGAAAAUAAUAUUUUAGAAAAUAAAAUAUGUACAAGUUCUAAAAAUAAGACAUUUGCUUUAGAACACAUUUCGUCCUUUAACUUUUAUUUUUGUGUGACGAAACCUUUUUGCUAGAGCACUUUUAUACACACAGACAAUUCAGACUCUCUUAAAAAACCUGCAUUAAAUAGCAUUUAUUAAACCAUAAGUCUUAAAAUAUUUUUGACUUGAUUGGAACUGCUUUAGAGGGUGUAUGUAAAUCCACUUCCCACGCAGAAUGUGACGGCAUUCAUCCUCUCACCGCACAGCCAGGGUCAUUCUUAAUGCACUUUGUACACUUUAUCUUCCGAGACUGCUACAGUAUGUGUCAUGACAAAUAUUAAGAUUAUUAUAGAGAAAGCUAUAUUUUUGUGGUUUGAAUUCAUCUUUAACUUCUUGUGUUGGAUUAUCUGACGUUUAUUUCAAGCCGUGGCGUCACGUACAGCUCAGUCCGGGGGAGAUGAUGUCAUGUAAUUCAUGAGUAAAAAUAAAAAGCAUGACAAACCCAC